AGCCCAAAAGGCUGGAGGCCCACACAUGUCGUCUCCCUAAACAAGAAAAUGCCAUGUGAGAUGAAAGCAAGCUCAGUGGUAUUGAAUGAUAAAGACUCGUGUGAACCCUGGAAAUUCGCCAUUCAAAUCUCUAUUGUAGUCUUUUCUUGUUGCUAUUGAAUUUCUUAACUACUUGCAUUGCCGGUGGAGGCGUUCUUGAUAAAGAGCAACACCAGGUUCUUAAAGUAAAUCUUGAGCUUCAAGUUGGAGAUAUAGUCUGUUGAGUUUAUCAAUAUUCAUAUUAAAACCAGAUUAUACUUGAGUAUAUUCCUGGGAUGGCUAUGUUACCGCCCCAGUAUUUGAUGCCUCCAGAUACUCGAAGACCCAUGGGGGUAUUGAAUGUUCUCGGAGGAAGAGUUGUCCCCUUAAAAAUGGUUGAAGAAAAGAGUGGGCUUUUAGGUAUUAGUCAAAAGUGUGGUUCAAGUGUUCCUCGAUUCAAAUGUUCUUCCAACUCUAGUGUUAAUCAAUUUCAAGGUAAGGACCCAUUUUUGAAUCUGCACCCAGAGAUUUCGAUGCUAAGAGGUGAGACAAACGCCUCAAUGACCAACCCAAGACAGGAGAGUUUGAGUGGAAGUGUUACCGAGGGUGUGAGAGACUCAUCAAGUGUGAACAAUUACAAUGAGGCCAAGAUCAAGGUUAUUGGCGUUGGAGGUGGUGGGUCGAAUGCAGUUAAUCGUAUGAUUGAGAGUGCAAUGAAUGGUGUGGAGUUCUGGAUUGUCAACACUGAUGUACAGGCAAUGAGGAUGUCCCCUGUGUUUUCCGAGAAUCGGUUACAAAUCGGUCAAGAGUUAACCAGAGGACUUGGUGCUGGUGGGAACCCGGACAUUGGGAUGAAUGCUGCUAAAGAAAGCAAAGAAGCUGUAGAAGAGGCGGUUUAUGGAUCUGACAUGGUCUUUGUUACUGCUGGAAUGGGUGGGGGAACAGGAACCGGUGGAGCUCCCGUAAUUGCAGGGAUUGCAAAGUCAAUGGGUAUCUUGACUGUGGGUAUAGUCACUACUCCAUUUUCGUUUGAGGGACGAAGAAGAGCUGUACAAGCUCAAGAAGGAAUUGCAGCUUUGAGAGAGAAUGUUGACACACUGAUUGUCAUUCCAAAUGAUAAAUUAUUGACUGCAGUUUCCCCAUCUACUCCAGUAACAGAAGCAUUCAAUCUUGCAGAUGACAUUCUUAGACAAGGUGUUCGUGGAAUAUCUGAUAUAAUCACGAUUCCUGGGCUGGUGAAUGUGGAUUUUGCAGAUGUGCGUGCUAUUAUGGCAAAUGCUGGUUCUUCAUUGAUGGGGAUAGGGACCGCAACAGGAAAGUCCAGGGCCAGAGAUGCUGCAUUAAAUGCCAUUCAAUCUCCUUUAUUGGAUAUUGGGAUAGAGAGGGCCACAGGGAUUGUGUGGAAUAUUACUGGUGGCAGCGAUUUAUCAUUGUUUGAGGUAAAUGCUGCUGCAGAGGUUAUCUAUGAUCUCGUGGAUCCAAGUGCUAACCUGAUAUUUGGUGCUGUAAUAGAUCCAUCACUUAGUGGACAAGUGAGUAUAACUUUGAUUGCAACUGGAUUUAAACGACAAGAGGAAAAUGAUGGGAGAUCGCUGCAGGCAAAUCAGCUGACACUGGGAGAUACUAGCUUUGGAAUUAAUAGGCGACCUGCUUCCUCAUUGGAAGGUGGUUCUGUGGAGAUCCCUGAGUUUUUGAGAAAGAAAGGACGCUCUCGAUAUCCAAGAGCUUAAACACAUGAUUAGACUUUUGUUCCACUUGAUUCGCUAUCUUUGUACAGGAUUUUGGUUAUGCAUCAAAUGUGAGUUUUAGCUUUGAGAAAACACAGCCUCCACCCGUUUAGUAAUAGGAGAUAAUGAAUAUGUUGAAUGGUGAAAUUAGACACUUUUAACUAUAUAAUCAUGUAAUUUGUUCUACUUUCUAUCACAAUGAAGUGAAAUAAGUUUGUGAUCUUGUAUGAUGACGAAAUACAAGCAUAGUUAUGCAUGGAUAUGAUUAUUCUCCAAGAUUGGUUCCUCUUUUGCA